CCCGCCCCCUUUCUUACGGUUGCUUCUGCGAAGGUGCGGGGUUUCUUCAGGAACAUGGCCGACGUGUCGUUGGAUGAACUGAUCAGAAAAAGAGGAAUGGCGGUGGGAAUGGGCACGUUCAGCCGGGUGAAUAAUAGAGGGGCUAUGGGAGGUAUGAGAUCCAGGAUCCAACCUACAACGGUCAGUCGUGUACCGGCCCCCAAUUUCCAGAGAACGUUUGAUGCUCGUCAGAAAAUAGGCGUUACAGAUGCCCGAUUAAAGCUAGGGAUAAAAGAUGCCCGUGAGAAAUUGGUUGCAAAAGAUGCUCGUUUCCGUAUAAAGGGUAAAGUGCAAGAUGCUCGUGAGAUGCUGAAUUCUAGAAAGCAGCAAGUUGUUGGAGGAAACUCUACCAAAGUGAUGGAUGCUCGGGAAAAGCUAAGUCUGAAGAGGCGUGCGCCGGCCAUUACUAUGAACUCGCCUCUGGCACAGGGUUCCUCAGCCAUGAACAUUACCAAGACCAUCCAGGUUUCACAGCCAAAGUUAAUGUCCUCAGGUCUAACGGACACAGUUAAAGGAAUGCGAAUAAAUGUUGUCAACCACCAACUUGGGAAACAGGUCUCCUCUCCACAUGAUGUAGAUGAUGAUGGUAUGGAUGAUGAGCUGGAACUUUCCCACGUCCCCACAAAACAGAUGAAGAUCACAGCUGCCAGCCCUGUGCAGAAAAGGCCAGGAAUAUCUGGAAACUCAUUCUCACUUGGGCAAACAUUACCUCUCACUAAAGUGGUACAGAAUGAUGCAUACACAGCUCCGAUGGCUGCACAGUCCGCCUCUGCAGCACCUUUACUGCACACUAAGACGCUAACCAAUGUGUCUCGUAUACUUGUCACAAAGGAGGCUAAUUCUUCAGUACAGCCAUCGUCAACUGAGUCUGUUUUCAGCCCUUUAGAAGGCACCAAAAUGACUGUUAAUAAUUUGCACCCAAGAGUCUCAGAGGAAGAUAUUGUGGAGCUUUUCUGUGUAUGUGGAGCCUUGAAACGUGCCCGCUUGUUGAGCCCAGGAGUUGCAGAAGUUGUGUUUGUGAGAAAGGAAGAUGCAGUUGGUGCCUACAAAAAAUAUAACAACAGAUACCUAGAUGGACAACCAAUGAAAUGCAAUCUUCAUUUGAAUGGCAAUGUGAUUACAUCAGACCAGCCCAUCCUUUUAAGAUUAAGUGACACACCCUCAACAACAAAGAAGGAAGGUGAAUCUAGAAGAAAUGCCACAUCGUCCUCCAGUGCUGCUUCUAAUCCUUCAGCUGAAGUUGACCCCGAUACUAUCCUAAAAGCACUCUUCAAAUCCUCAGGGUCAACAGCAAUUGUCCAGCCAACUGCAUUCAAGAUUAAGCUCUGAAACCAACGCAUGUUGGAAACAGUAAUGGCAGACAUUUCAGAGAAUACUCUGACCAGUUCUCGGAUGUGCCCAGAGAUUGUAGAACAAAGACUUUAUUUUGCUUCCUGAGGUUUUGUUUAGCGCUGAUCACCAGCAGGUAGUUAUUGUUGGAAGGAUUCUGGUAGAAAUUGGACAAUCAUUCCUCUUCCCAGUAUUGUAGUACAGUCUGUGGGGGCAGUUGUAUUAAAAAUUUCAGUUUUCCCUUUGUUCUAGUAUUCUGAUACAGCACGGUUCUGGUUCUACUGUUUCUGUUAUGGGAAACUAAAUGCUAAAUGUACAGUAAGCUGCAUAACUUGUUUGAAAUUCUUCAAUCUGUUUUUACUUCUUAAAAGGAAAUCUGUUGAUGUUUUGUAGUUAUUGUUAUCUAUUUAGAUCGCUACAAGAGGAUUUGAUAUUGAAGUUGGCAUGACAAGAGUUCAAUCCAUAUGGACGUCAUAUGUCUUUUUUUUUUUGCAUACCUAUGUGCUUGAAUUGAUGAAAACCGAGGAGUAAUGCACACUGUGAGUUUUUGUACAGACCAACAGUCUGAUGUGUGAAACAAACCAUUGACUUUAAUGGGUCCUUGUGUAGUCUGUUACACACAGACUGAAAAUAUGCCUGUCUGAAUCAUGCCUAAAUAUCUAUACUGAAACGUUCAUAUUUUUUUUUCCUCCACAAACUCAUUUGGAUGGUCUUACUCUUUAAAAAGUAUAUCCAUCUUAAAUCUACUUAUAUAUUUUUUCAUGAUCUGUUGUGAGUGGUUUUUGGUGAUUGUACUAUUCCUAUGUAUCUACAUAAUAACUUUUAUUUGUGACUUGC